UGAGCGCGUUUUGGGCCGCUGUCAGGGAAACACAAAGAGAUUCCCGAUCAACAGAACAAGCCUCCGGGCGACGCCCUGCUGAUGGCGCCGAUAGUUCAAGGUAUCGAGCCGCCGAAAUAGAGUGGUUAUUUCUGCCCUUUCCUAUCGGUACAGGAAUUUUACCCCUCACCUUAGUAAACACAGAACAGAACAGAACAAACAACUGCGGAUGCGGAUCAGAAACGCAAACAUAAAUUGCCGGCGAAACUCAGCAAGUCGGGCAGCAACUGUGGGAAGAAAACAGUUAACAGACACUUCCAAUUCUUCGGGAGCAGUGAUGAGAUGGAAGUGUUUUCGGCCGGAACGAAAACAGAAGUUGCUGGAAAACAGAGUGUGGAGAUUUCUGAAGAAGGGUCUAGGCCCGAAAUGUCAGCUUUCCUGCUCCUCUGAUGCUGCUUGGCCUGCUGUGUUCAUCCAGCUCUACACCUUGUUAUCUCUGACUCCAGCAUCUGCGGUUCUUCCUAUCUCCGAGUUGCUGGAAAAGCCCAGCAGUUCUGAGGAAGGAUCAUUGGACCUGAAACGUUAACUCUGAUCAUUUUCUUCACAGAUGCUGCCAGACCUGUUGAGCUUUUGCAGCAACUUUUGUUUUGGUUCCGGAUGUUACAGCAUCCGCAAUCCUUACUGUUUUUGUUUUCCGCCGGGCAUUUGAGAGAGGGGGGAACGCUUCCUUGUACCGGAAGUGGUCCGUCCAGCAAUUAGCAUCGGGGUGUUGACAGCCAGCAUGGAGCCGUUACUGAUGGUGGUGGAGUUGCUGCAGCGACUGGGCGGUGUGCCGCAGUCCGGUUUUUCAUCCACUGUACAGGAGUUGUGCCGCUGGUGCCGGCACGGAGGAGAGCAAGGGACGCUCGAUGCCGGUCGGGUGGAGGUAUUUGGGGUCUUGGUGGAGAAGCUGGCGCCGGGUGCCGAGGACCGCGAUGUCUCCAGCUCCUUGCGGGACCUGGCCGUUGGCUGGUGCCUGCCGCUUUUGCAGCAUUUACAGCUGGAGGAGCCGAGCCGGAGGCUGGUGUACUCCCUCUGCGGUCUCCUCCAUGCCUGCUGCCGCCAGGCCCCGCCGACCCUGAUUCGUGACGUGACCACCUCAAUUCUGAGUACUCUCCGGAGCUACACCGAGGAACGGGGCCGGGCCGGUUUGGUUGAGGGGAAGGGAGCUCGGAGCGGCGAGUCCCAGGCCCCCGAGUACUCGGACAUUCGAGUCGCCGUCGAGGUGCUGGUGAGGACGGCGCCGCUGCUGCUUCUGGAGCCAGGAGCCGGGGCACAGGAGCUGCUACCGCUUGCCCUGACCGCCGUCAGAGUGGGGGAGGACGGCGUAGCAUCCAGGAUGGUCACCGGUCUGAUCCCGGCUCUUCUUUGGCACCCAGGCAGCUCGGUGUCAAAGUGCCCGUCGGCCCAGGAAAUCUGGGAUUGCGUGAAACACUGGGGAAAGACCGACUCCGUCUCUAGAUCCCUGCUGUUGCUGAGCUCGCUACCUCCCCAUCUGCUGUUUGGCGCCGGAGACCGGCCAUCCCCCGACACCUUCGACCUCCGAAUUUGCCUGGACUUUUGGGAAUUGGUGCAAACGGGUCUGGUGCAGCCUGAUAACAUUUCGCGCAAGAGAGCCAUGUACCUGUUGAAGAGAGCUGUGCAAGUUUCGGACACAUUGAGGAGUGAAAUCCGCUCAGAGUCCCAGGCUGAAUCCAAUAUGUGCCUUUUUUGGUGGUCAGCUGAAAAAAGAAAACAACUUGCUCAGUUAUGGGAAAAUUAUAUUUUAAUAAUGGAAACACUGGAAGAAAAUCAAGUUCAUGUCAUAAGACCAGUGUUGCCCCGACUUAAGAGUUUAAUGGAUGCCACUGUUUUGAAUGACGAAGGUCAUUCAUUUUUUCACACAUCUUGGCUCCUUUGUGCUUAUAAACGAAUAUUUGAAAGUAAAAACAAAACUGCAAUGAAAGAAAGCCUGUUCCAGUUUCUUGAUCUUGGUGUCACAAAAUAUCCCUUCAGAACUCAAGAUCUUUGUGAGUUUGUCUGUGGGCCAGUGAUGGAUGCUGUUUCAGAAAGUACAUUUUACAGCAGAUCUCCAGAACAGAUCAUUGGCAGCCGUCCUAUUCUAGCUGAGAAGUUACAGACAUUUCUUGUUAAUUUCGUAGAAAAUCUGGCUGAAGAAUUCCAAGGUGACUUUCUCAUGAAGUUGAUUAAAAGAAUGGCUGCUAAACACUGGUGUGCUAUCCCCAUACUCUUCAUCUCUCAAGCUCUCGUACAUAUUCCAUCACGCAAAACUUGGGGAGUGGAAGGACUUCAUGCUAUUCGGGAAGUAAUGUGCUGCACAUUGACCAAUCAUCAAGUAUUAUUGCGAGGAGCAGCUCAGUGUUAUCUUCUACAGACUGCAAUGCACUUGAUUAAUGUGGAAACAGUAACAUUGUCUGACAUUUCAAACUUCUUGGCAUUUGUUGGAACUGAAGAGGCUUUAUCUCGUGGUUCAAAAUUGUGGAUGAAGUUGUGUGAGUGGUUACACAGUAAUGACGGAAACUUCAGGCCUGAAGAAGGUGCUGCUGAACUGCCUCUUGGAAGAUCUGCCUUAAGUUUCUAUGUUCACAAUCUCGUGGAACAGUACCUGAAGGUUCCAGUGACUGAAGGAGAAAAUGCCAGUUUAAUGCCAGAGUGUUUUGAGGCCCACCUUGUUGCUAGGAUGAUUCUCCUAGCUGCUGACAUCGAAGGACAGUACAACACUCAAGGGGAUCGGAAGGCCUUGGUUUGUUUCUUGCAUCCCCUUCUAGAUGCUUUAAAGAGGCUGACUACUCAUGCUUAUUUACCUGUGCUGAAAGCAGACAAGAGCCUGCAGCUGUUAUUAAAGCUGUUGGAGAUGUCCGUUCCAAAACACGACAGAAGACCAGAAGACAGGGUACUGAAUGUACUACGCGAGUGCCUCAUGUCUUCAGUGGAACAAGUCUUGGAGUAUACGCUUAGGAGGUUAACGAGUGAACUUAAAACCGUUUCGGACCUUGACAGGUGUCAUCUCUAUCUUGCUGUGAUGAGUGAGAUAAUGAAUACACUUUCAGUGGUGGGCUGGGCGAGAGGCUGUUGCGUCUGGAGCUACAUCUGUUCCCUUACACAUGCUUCAAUUCAGCAUCUUCAGACUUCCAAUGAUGAUGAGGUUCUGAAACUAAGACAACAGAUCCAAAAGGUGGUUGCUAGAGCUUCUUUGGCUUGGAUUUGCAAGAUUAACGCCCAGUAUCCAGAGCUGCUGCUAGACUCCCUUGAUGCUGUCAAAACAUUGGCCAAAUCUGUUUUAAUUGGUCCCUUCAACAAGAAACUCGAGAAACCUUUCUGCAAUGAAGAAGACAGUGGAUCUUCAGAGGAUGUAUUUUCAGCUGAGGGCUGGGGAAAGGUAUCUACACAAUACAUCCAUGAUCAAUGGGUCUGCAUCCAUUUUAUUUUGAACAAACUUGAGCAGCCAUCUGAAACUGUUGCCAACAAGAGUUGUGUGCUUUCAUUAGCUGCUGUAGAAAAUCCAGCACUCAUUCUCCAUGCGUGUGUAGAGGCACUUAACAUUGUUCGAUCGGACCAAGUACUUCCCAUACUGCAAUGCAUGAAGAUUCUUGUUCCGAAGCUUUACAGGUCAGAGGAAUCUCUUUGUUCGAAAUCCCUUGACCUAGCUUGGAAAGUAGUUUUGGAUCUGAACAGCAACCAGCUUCAUUUUUGGCCUACUUUAAAUGUUUAUAUAAAGAUUGCCUUUCAUCCUCAGCUUCUCAGCAUCAGUGGAGAAUGUGGCAUUGGAAUAAAAGUGAAAGAGCCAUCAGUCACAUGUUUCUGGAUCCAUGGCAGCCCUUGGUCUCAAGUGAGCAUAGUGUUUGUGGUAGCUGCCACAAUUUCAGUGGGGCUGCAGAGGAGCGGCUGGCACCUGACCUGUCUCUUUCAGAUUACAGACAAGUUGCUUGAAAUAUCGCAAACUAAAAUUGGAGUCUUCAAUGUGUUAAUCACGCACUGUUGCCAAACUUGGCUGCCCGCUGUUUCUCCUGUUGAAGGUUUUCUACAAGAUUAUUUCAUGAGUCCUGAAAACCACAUGGAUCUUUUUUUAGAGGCAUGUCUAUUUGGACCUGUUUUUAGGAAGGAUCAGAGACUGAUUCAAGAUGUACAUACCCAUAUAGAAUUACUGGGCGAUGAAUGUGCAGCCAACACCGGCACUGAAUGUGAAAGCAGAGAUGAUCAAUCAGUGCGGAUUUGUGCCAUUAACUUCCUCUGCCAUUUGAAUGGUUCAAAUUCCCUGCACAGGAAAUUCAUGGAGAAUGUUUUCAGUAAACUCCUUGAAAAGGAUGAACAGCUAAGGAACACCAAAGGCCGAUACUAUGUGAACUCCAUGCUGCAUCGACUAAAGAACAGAAUUUGGCAGACCCUGCUCGUUUUACUACCUCAAAUGAACCAGGUUUUUCUGAGCAGCAUCAUAGAAACAGUUUAUCAGGCUGGUUUGAGUGAUAAUCAGGCAUCUGUAAAAUACUUGAUCGAAUGGUUUAUCAUCGUAAUACUGCAGAAAUGCCCUGAAUUCAUUGAUUCUUUCUGGGAAUGCUUCAGUUAUAACCCGGAAAAUACAAAAACCAGUAUCUGCACAUUCCUGGCUGUGUUAGUUCACAUUAAUGUAAUCCUUAAGAACAUUUCAAAAAAGGACCAACAUUUGAAAAAGGCAUUGAGUGUGAUAUUGCCAUGGUGUCUAAACCACAACUUCAGUGUGCGACUAUAUGCCCUGCUUGCCUUACGGCAAGUUUGGGAGGCAUGUUUACAGUCUAAAGUAGAAGGCAAGGAGCUGCAAUUUUUGGCGCCAAUUAUUGAGUCUUGUCUAGAACACGCCGGAAGCAAGCAAAGCACAGGGAAUGCUGGAAAGAACUGGCAGAGAAUUCAGGACCAUUUCUUUUUUGGAAAAUUUCAACCAUUAGAAGACUACAGUUUAGAGGUGAUAUUUUACAUCAUUCCAAGUUUAUCAGAUGUUAUAGAAGAUGAGUGGAUUCCUCCCUGGAAGUUCAGCCGAGUUAUGAAUCGCAUGUCCUCCAGUUCUUCAAUUGAUAUAUUUAACCCUAGGAGUCGACUUCAUGAUGUAAAAUUUACAGACUGGAUUCAGCGAGACAAGGGUUAUGACCACGCUGAAGUAAGUCAAGAUGAUGAAUGGGCUGAUAUACAAAAGAAGAUAAUACCGUGGAAGAAUAAUGUCCCAGACCAAGUUCUGGAAUUGAUCUGUCAGCAAAGAACCACAAACUCUGGAAAAUCUUCUGAUAGCAGCCUAAUUAUAGUGGCAUCACUUAUUGAUAAGCCUGCUAACCUGGGAGGUUUAUGUCGGACUAGUGAGAUAUUUGGGGCUUCUGCACUUGUUGUAAACAACAUGAAUUGUGUGAAUGACAAACAGUUUCAAGCCCUCAGUGUUUCUGCUGAACAGUGGCUGUCAGUCAUUGAGGUGAGACCUCCUCAGUUGGUUGAAUAUCUGCAGCAAAAGAAAACUGAAGGACAUACAAUCAUUGGAGUGGAGCAGACAGCCAACAGCCAUAAUCUUGCACAGUAUAGCUUCCCAGAAAAAACAUUGCUUUUGCUUGGGAAUGAACGAGAGGGAAUUCCAGCCAAUUUGAUCCAACACCUUGAUGUUUGUGUGGAAAUCCCACAGUGCGGUAUCAUCCGAUCACUGAAUGUUCAUGUUAGUGGAGCAUUGCUCAUGUGGGAGUAUACACGCCAGCAGAUGUUGAAGCAAAGUGCUAGACCUCAAAAUGCGACUGCAUUGAAGAAAAAAUGAAAGAGACAUCAUCUUGUCAAUGCGGAGGAAAUCUGCAAAUCCUUAGAUAAUCUGGUGAAAAUAAAGUGCUAUUGGAAGAUAUCCUGGAGACAAUGACUUGUUAAGCAAAGCCCAGAUUAAUUCACUUGUAUGAUUUCAAUAUUUAUAUUUCAAUAAUUUUUGCUAUCCAUGGAGAAAACAAUGUCAGAAACUGAAUAAGCCCUCAAGCUUAUUCCAUUAUUCAAUAACCUCAUGGUUUACAUGCCCCCUUAAUUAACUGACCUAACAAAUCUGCAUACCUCCAUCUUAAAUUUUUCCAUUGACCUUGCUUCAAAAGUGCUUUGGAGGGUUGUUCUAGGUUGUCAGAGUUUUCAGAUUUCUACCGCUGUAGGAGGAGAAAGCACCUUCUUUGAAAAGCCUAGACUUCCCUUCAGGAGUGUUCCUCCAAGAUGAAUAUUUUGAUGAAUAAAACUAAUGAACCAGAGUGUCUCAGUGACUGUACAUAACUGUCUUCCAAGCCAGCCCUACCAUCUUAAUCCUGCUAUUUAUGAAUCAAGACAGCGCAAUGGUUGCAAUGACAGAGCUAACUAAAUGUAAUUGUUGCAACAACUUGGACUUGUGCAUUGAGUUUUUCUUGAAUCUUCCUGAAAAGAAGCAUGGUACUGAAGAUUUUCCUCUGGUACUCGACAGGACAAAUGCAAGAAUGCCAAAUUUCAAACAAUGGAUGUUUGCAGUCAUUAAACUUGCAAGAGAAAUAGAUUUGAAAAUAGUUUAUAUUGCCACUUUAUAAAAAGGAUGUUGGUGUGCUCGAGAAGGUGCAAUGAAAAGUUACUUGAAUUUUACUGCAACCUAUCAGGAAAGAUUCAACAAGCUUUGGGGCUCUUCUCUUGAGCUAGAGAUGGCUAAAAGUUGAAAUCCUCUAUACGUUGAGACAUAAUAGGCCUCAAAUAUUAGAAAAGUAUUAUAAGGUAAGCCUAUGGAAGAUAUUUUCACUUGUAGGCAAGAUUGCCACCACAAGGUGCAGUUGAAGUGAAUAGUAUAGAUGUUUUGAAGGGAUAACAGAUAUACACCCAGAAAGGAAAAGAAGACAGUGUUACUGGUGCAUCAGUGGAGAGAAGCCUGGAUUAUGUUUUGAAUCCAGUGACCUUUUCUGACGAAGGGUCUCUUGACUCAAAACAUUAACAUUAUUUUCCAUCCACAAAUGCUGCUAGAGUUCUCCAACAAUUUCUUUUUGUUUCAGGUGUCCAGUAUCCACAUUUUUGUUUUGUAUUAAUAGGUUACUCACGUUUACUGCAAGCAGUCAGAAGAGACUCAUGUAGCAUAAACAAUGGAAUAGACAUGUUGAGCCAAAUGGUCUACUUCUGUAUUGUAAAUACAUAUUUUAAAGACUACCAAAAGAACAUCACUGUUCCAUAGGCUAAUGAGGAUAUUUUUUGGUUGACACCAAUUCUGUUGAAUGUGGGUAUGCCGAAUUUAAAAACUUAUAACAAAAGUGGUUUCCCAUGUCUGAAAACCUCCCUUGGUAUACUAUUUCUAAUGAGUAACUAAAGACUACUACAAAGUCAGUGUUCUGGAGCCAUAUGUAGGCUUAAAGGGUUCAAUGGGUCAAAAUCAAAUCUGAAGAGAUUGCCUAUAAUUAUUGAUAAUUGCUAGAUCAUUUUAGAAAAUGUCCUCGAGGGUUGAGUAGCACAGUGGGUUAACACUCAUUGUUUUCAGCUUCUUCGACCUAGAUAUGACUCUCGUCCAGGUAGACAUGAUGAAAAUCCAUUGCUGGAAGGUGAAAUAAGUUUGGAACAUUCUCACAUUUCAAGAGUACAAGAAUAUCACUUAAAAUUGAUGGUCAGGCUUGACAGAGGAUAUGGCAUUGGCUGCUGUAAGGCCCAUAAAGGACUGUGUCUCCAUUAUACAGAGAUAUUGGUGGUGCGUAACUUGAGUGGCACUGCUCUACAAGCAUACAGAAAAGAAAUGAGGAAGCCUUCAUAAACCAUGUGGUUGGAAAUUGAAUUCAAACCUUUGUGUCAUUCUGCAUCACACUGAAUCCAUCUGAGCCAUGUAACCUCUGAUUAGGGUACAAAAUGGAAAUGUCUCACACAACAGCAGGCUGCUCAUUUGGAGCUUGGGGUUACGGCAAUUAAAAUUUAAGAUAUUAUCGAAUGAGAUUUAAUCACAUCUGUUUUAGGAGCGCUUGAUCUUGAUGCUUAAAGGCAGAAUUGCUCAUUGUUUUGUUCCAGCAUCAAUCUGUCAUUUCAAGCAUAGGCGAAAAAUAAGUGAUAGUUUAAAAAAAAGUGAUACUUCUUGUUUUAAGAUUAGAACUUUGGAACUUUAUUAAGGUUUCUGAAUUCAAAGCUGGUCUCUUUCAUAACUGUCUUUUUUUUAAUUAGCUGAGGUUUACUUAAUUAUGAGCCAGAGCCAUUACAGCAGGAGAAGGAAACCGUUGACCCCAUGUUAGCUCUCUGCCACAAUCCAGUCAGCCUCACUUGGUAGAAUGGACAAACUGGACCCGUUUGAUAUUGUGUAUGGUAUUAAACUAAGUAACUGUAAUUUGAAAUUGCAUUUUAUUGUAUGUUGACAGUGUUGUUUUUGAAAAGAGGAUCAUUCAUGUUCCACAAUCUGUGCAGAAAUAUUCAUUGAGGAUUUAGUGUGAGAUUUUAUUUUUUAGGAACUGAUGUGAAUUUUUAUAACCUAGCCGCCACAGUUUUAUGUUUUUAAUGGCUUUACACAU